CAUUUUACUAAAAAAAACAGUUGUUUAUUGAACGUUGAAGGUACAAUCGAGCUUCUACUAAAUCCAAAUUUUAGCUCUUGAAAAAUGGCGCCAAAGCCGACGAAACUCACAAAGGCCUUGAAAGAAAUGAAGAAAAUGGGAUUUUCGGAAAAGAUUGUGCGACCGAUAGUGAGAAGUCUUCUCAGUACGUACGAUAAUAACUGGGCUCUCAUCGAAGGAGACGAAUAUCAAGUUCUUGUUGACGCUAUUUUAGAUAGCGAGGACAAAAAGACAAAGGACAGUGAGUUGGAACAGCUGAUGAAUGCUUGGUCUGAAGACGAGGAUGAAGAAGAAAACGAACCACUUAUUAAAAGACCUAAACGAAGCGACUCGAAAAAGGGUAAAUCGACUUUUUUCGAAGAGCACCGUAAUAAGGACACUUCUUGUCAUGGAAAAAGGAAGGGUAUAGUAGUGAAACAAGAAAAGGGUAGUAAAGUAAUUUCCGAUGAUGACGAUGAUGAUGGUGAUGGGAGAGAUGAGUCGAAGUCGAUUGUGCCCCUUGUAGACUUGGGAAGUAGUGGAGAUGAAUUGUUCGAUUGUAUUUCGGAGAAAAGAAUGAUAGUUUACGAAAAAGGUAAUCGUAAAAAAAUAUCGAAAGAGAAUGAUCUUGCUUUAGUGGACAAGGUAAAUGAUGAACACGACGAGGCUGCUUUUGAAAUUCCUCUUGCUGUGGUUUCUACUCCAGAUUCUCCUGUGCUGUUAUUGCAAGGAAGUUCGCAGGAAAGUUUUUCGACUCCGAAAGAAAAUAUCUCACUGUUUGCUGAAGUGAUGGAUCUUGACGCAGAGAAUAUAUCUCCUUGUUUGCUUCUUAAAGAGCCUUAUUCGGUAGAAAACAGUUUCGAUAUGGAAGAAAAUCAUCAAGAAGAAUCCACUAACAACGAAAAAAUCGAACUGGAGAAAAGCGAAAACGGGGUUCUAGAUUCGAUGAAUCUAGACAUUGCCUCAUCGUCCAAGGGCGAGGUGAAAAUCUCUCUUACAAUCAGUUCUUCCCUAAAAUCGGGGCUUCACAUUCCGAGUUUAGCAGCAUUGUUUGAGCAGGUUGAGGAACAUUGCCUAGAGUCAUACAAAAUCCCUCGAACCGAUUUUUCUAUGUCGAAACUAAUGACAGAAGUGUGUGAAUCCUUCUUGAUCGCCGGUACAACCUCAAAGUACAACGAGGAUGUAAGAACCGAAACUGUGUCAGCUGGCGAAAUCGACAAUCAGCUCAGUCUUCACAGUAAUUCGGCCGUUUCAAAUGAUCCAAUCAAGAUAAUUCAAAUUCCGAAAUUUGUGGGGUCCAUUGGCUUGGAUUUGAGCCGUUGUAAGAUAUAUUUAAGUGAAACGGAGAGAAGUAUUUUCGAACUCAGCACUAAAACGAUGUUUCUCCAAAAUCAUUUUACUUCAGACAUAACUAACGGUCAAGAAUCAAACGAGAUUUCUCUGAUAAACGAAGUAAAUGAGGAUCAAUGUCCUAAAUUUAACUACAUUUCCAAGAAUGUAAUUUACCAAAAUGCAAAUGUGAGGUUUUCUCUCGCUAAUAUAUCAGAACAAAAUUGCUGCUCGAAUUGCUUUGGCGACUGUUUGUCUCUACAAAUCCCAUGUAAUUGUGCUGGAAAAUCCAACUCGGAGUUUGCUUAUACGCCAGGUGGCGUAUUGAAGGAAUCUUUUGUUGAUAACAUUGUAUUAGGAAACGAUUUUGCGCAAAAACACAAUCUUUUCUACUGUCAAGACUGCCCGUUAGAGAGGCCGAACGAUACAAAAUUAUCGGUCCCGUGCAACGGCCAUAUAACGAGGAAAUUCAUUAAAGAAUGCUCGAUCAAAUGCGGCUGUAGCUUUAAUAAGUGCGCAAAUCGAGUUGUUCAGCGAGGAAUAACUGCAAAACUGCAGGUUUUUAUGACGGCGGAGCGAAAAGGAUGGGGUGUUAGAACUCUCGAAGAAAUACCGAAAGGGGGUUUUGUAUGCGAAUACGUCGGAGAAGUUGUCACUACCAAAGAGCAGUUCGGACGAGACGUGCAGAAAAAUAGCGGCGACUCGCAAACGUACUCGGUUCUGUUAGAUGCUGGAUGGAGUUGUAAGGGAAUCUUGAAAGAUGAAGAUGCUCUUUGUCUCGAUGCUACGGUUUAUGGAAAUGUCGCAAGGUUUAUUAAUCAUAGGUGUUUCGAUGCUAACUUGGUCGACAUCCCCGUCGAAGUGGAAACUCCAGAUCAUCACUACUACCGUCUAGCUUUCUUUACUAAAAGGAAGGUUAAUGCUUUGGAAGAGCUAACUUGGGACUACGGGUUUGACUUCAAUGAUAACGAUUUCGAGUGCCGUUGUGGUAGCAAAUUAUGCCGAGACCGCAAAUCUUUGAAGAGAAAGUUGAUCUCACAUGAAUCUUUGUGAGUAGAUUGUGUCGAAGUUUGAGGGACCGAAAACCCGACAGGGUUUCUGAAAAUUGAACUUUUGAAGCAAACGAAUUUUGGAUAUUGCACUUUUUGCCUACAUAUUUAAUUAUUUAUGCCAUUUUGAGAUAAUACAUAUAAGAUUUUGGUGCCCAUUUUGUAAUCUGUAGUAUUUUUUUUUUUUUUUUCGCUAAAUUAAUAGCAUUUGGCUGGUUCCAGCUGUAUUAAUUUAUAGACGUUUAACUAUAACAUGAUUGGUGAAAGUCGAUAUAGUAUAUGCUACACUUGGUAAAAGCACAAACGACA